AUCCUUCCGCAAAAUCUGCACAUGCCGGCAUCCAAGAUUCUGCAAGUAUAAUAGCGAGGGCCCAGAGCUGUGAGUGCGCACAGCGUUAUCUGCGCAUUUCAUGCCCUCGCCAAUAGGGAAUCGCCGUCUAGCUACCCUGCACAAGGCAUGCUGGCGCGGAUAAGGCCUGUGCAGAUCGCGCCUGUGGCCCAUUCCCACUACCAGCCGCCAGACGCCCACACUGCGUCCCCAUGUGUACGUCGUCUUGGCUGAACCAAUACAUAGAUGCACGUUUUCCCACCAGUGCAUCAUAUUUUUCCGAGGCUGCUACCUCUUCACCUUACCUUGACUACCGCUUCCCACAUAUUUGUUUAUUGGAUCCCGGAUCACGUUACUCAUUUAAUACUAUUUUGUUCCUUUUAGUUAAGGCCGGACCCUGACGAAAUUCGUAUAUGUACGUUCGUAAUUGCUAUUAACAUGGGCCGCCAACUUCCUCCCUCGCACCUCAAAGUCCCGCCGGGCCCGCACGCAUUCCCGCAACGAUAUUCUCUCGGAGAUACGGUCAUUACGAACCAGUUCACUGGAUUCGAAAAGGCUAUCCCUGCGAUACCUUCGCUUCCUGGAUUUCGCACAAGUGCUGCGUUUUUUACAUCUCUCAGUGCAAACCUGAGAAUUGAUCCGGACCUGCCAUCGCCAUUGGGCACGCCAACGACUUUCCGCACCAACAGCUACUACUCGUCCCAAUCACACCCCCACGUGCCAACAUCACUAUCCUACUCGACCUUGCCUGCGCCUGCCUACCCGUCGCCCCUCGAGACUGAGAUCAUGGCGUCCAGCGAAGCCUCCGCGCCCGUGCAAGCGCCAACAAACGAGCUACCCCAGCUCUCCACCUACACUGCCGACUCAGAAGACGAUCGGAUCGACGGCCUGAACCUGAUCGCCGACUCGGUAGCCCAGCAGCGCCAGGUUGCAAGCAAGACGAUGAUCUUCCACCCCAUCAACCUUGCCGUGCUGGGCGUGAUCUUGGCCGUCGUUGCACAGUACGUGCGCAAGCACGGCGACCCGUUUGUGUUCGUCACGACAGCGGGCGGUAUCACGAUGUCAUUCUUGAUCUUCAUUCGAUGGCUGACUGGCGGGUACAUUGGCCUCGCCGAGGAGAUUGGUAUAGAGUGGCUUGGUGACGACCGUGUCAUUGUUGCGAAGUGGGGGAACGAUGUCAUUGGUGCUCUUGUUCUUGGAUGGGCAGACGGUGAUGCGGCGAAGAAGCGUGGCCGGAGAAGAAGGGGAAAGGCCAUCGUCAGAGGCUGGACUGUUAAGCUCAAGUACAGAGGCAAGGGUGUCGGAGAGGGCUUGUUGGAGGAGGCCGUCAAGAUUGCUGGAGAGAAGGGUGCAGAUGGCAUUUUGUUUGCUGGAGAUCAUGCCAAUUCCAAGCGCAUUCUCCCCACAGUCUACAAUGGCUUCCUCGACAAGCAGGAGGCAAAGGCCGAGAAGGCACUUCGCAAGGUGGCUGACGAGAAGGGCAACUUCAGACAACGUCAGUCAUCGCCCACCUGGGGAAGCAGAUGAUCUGACUCCCUACGCUAAGGGCAGCGUUCACAUUUUCCUUGAAACCUAUUUCCUUCGGAAGAUACCCUUCCUGUUGAGAUUUGAGA